CAUUUGGUAAACACAUCAACAUGAAAUUCACUCUUGUUGCAACAAUCGUCGUGGGCUGCUUUGCAGCAACACUUGGACAUCGAUUUCCUUUCUUACCAAGUUAUAAUGCUUUUCCGUAUGGAGGCCAAGCGGAAUUCAAAUCUUUUCUAUGCAGUUUAGCUGCUCCUGUUUUCCGAUUGUUUAUUAAUCAAGAAGAUACAACAGGUACCAUCUGUAAUGUCCUGAUCAAUUUUGAUCAAGAAUGUCCAAAUUAUAACCUCGCUGAUCUAAGAAUGUGUGACAUUAAUAAUGUCGAUAUAGUAACUGAUGAUUAUAAUGACGAUUUUGGUAUUGAUGAUGACUUUACGUACGGACCCCCGGAAACUAGAGUUAAAGUUCAUUCUGAGUCCAAGUCCAAGUCCAAGUCGAAGUCCAAGUCCAAAGCUAAUCAAAAGUCCAAGGGAGCUUCUACUAACAAGGCUCAUUCAAAGAGUAAAGUGCAUUCUAAGAGUAAGGUGCAUUCUAAAGCCAAGGACCAUUCUAAGAACUAAUUCUGAAGAAAACAGAUGAUGAUGUUGAGAUGAUGAUGUAGAUGGAGAAUAUCAGAUUUAGAAAAGUGGUUGAGUAAGGGAAUUGUGUACUUAUUAGGAAAUGUUGUUACGGUUGCAGAAAUAUAAACACAGAUUGAUUUCAAAAA